AUGACUGAUUACUCACAACAAUAUCACCCCGUAAUCCUGGAUUUGGGCAGCCGGAAUGUUACGUAUGGAUUCGCCGGAGAACCUACACCUACUGGCACCAUGGCAUAUAGGGACCUGGAUAUACAGCGACGGGAAUUGCAGUUUAGCGAAGUCAAAAUGACGAAACAGGAAGCAAAUGAAUAUCUGAAGACUCUGAAAACAGAUUCACACGAUCUAGCAAGAAUAUACGCUGGGGACCUGCAAUCGUUACAAUGGCUUUGGAACUAUGAUAAACUGCGACCAAGACUGGGUGCAGAUGGUUCGAUUAUUCACACCGAUCAAUACCUGGAAGAAACUCAUCUGGAGAGAUCACUAUACGCCCUGUUUCUAUACGAGCUGCUCAUUGAUGCGAAAUCCACCAAGGUCAUCAUCCUAGAGCCCCAUUUUCUUCCCGAACAUGUGAAGAAGAGGUACACCUAUGUGCUGCUGAACCAUCUACAUGUACAAUCAGUUACCUCAUUACCGAGCAGUAUUCUCACAUGUCUGGGUGCUGGUGUGAAAAGUGGCGUGGUUAUUGAUUUUGGCUGGGAAUACGUCACUGUGGUGCCUGUUUAUGAUCUGCGUGUCAUCCAAGACCUUGGGAUAUCAUCUGGCAGAUCUGCCAAAGGUCUCCAUUAUGAGAUUUUGUCCAGUAUUCUUCAAGGGAAACACCUAACUAGAGAGAUACUGACCAGUAUGAGCUGCCAUCAAGUUUUUCAGAUGGUAGAGGACAUUGUGAUCAACAGAACAUCUAGUGCAAUGGAAGGGCCCCACAUUGAUGAUCUCAUUGACCGAUACCUCUUUCCUGCAAGAAACACAUGGAAAAGUUUGGACUCCAAUGAGAUGUCUGUUGUCCAGCUAGUGGAGAACAUGAUUGGCCUUUUACCUUUUGAUUUGAAGAAACCUCUUCAGCAAAAUGUGAUCAUUACUGGCGGCCUAUCUCAAGUUCCAGGGCUGAAGAAGAAGAUAAUUGAGCAGCUUGGUUUGGAUUAUAAAGAGGUGUUUAGUCUCGGGUCUUGGAGUGGGGGAAGCAUCUAUUCUGAUAAUCUGCUGAGAGGCAAAAAUCUGGUCAGGAGCGGCGAACUGCGCAGAAACGAGUAUCUGGAUGGAAAAGCAAACGCAACUGACUGGACCAGUCAGAUAUACAGGUCGGCGAUAGAGAAGCAUUAA